AUGCCGUUCUAUCCGACUUUGCAACGUGGCCGCCAGCCCAAACUUCACCAGGUAAUACGCGAAGAACAGGAGAGCAGCGAGCCAGUCGAGCGACAACGCGUCGAUCAGACGACAAAUGAGAACGAAAAUAAGAAGAAGGCGACCAGUAAACAAACGCUGACAUCACCAAGGGAUCACAAACUACCAAAGGAAGCAGAAGCAAAUGGUAAAAAUGCUACAGCACGAGGACAACGACCGAAACAAGAAGAAAGGCAAUCGUCCACAGUAGCCAGAAAAGCCUUAGGAGAGACGCAAACGUCGUCAGACAACGGGCAGAAGACCCUCGGUAGGGCAGCGUCCCUGCAACUGAAAAUUGCCCAGUGCUUCAAUUCGUUCAAACCGAAACGCGAAACGCCACAGGCGCCAAAGAUCGAUAGACGAACGGCCUCGAUAGAGACGAUCGCUCCUUCACAGAUCAAGAAAGGCGUGGCAUUACGAGCCUCGAUAUCGAAAGUGCGCGACGGCAGACUUGAUGCCCUGUUCGACAACGACGACGAAUCGAAGAUGGAGCAGAUGGUUCGGGGUGGUAUGCGUCGGACGGUUGCCACCUCCUCGUCGACCAUUAAGACGCUGCAUUUAGACGUGCAUCGCAACGUAUUCACGGAGCCGAUCGGUCGCAAGUUCGGAAUCGCUAACCGUUUUGAGCACACGUGUCUGUGCGAGUGCCGUUGUCACUCGUACUCAAACCGGUUCAGCUCUAGUGACGAACAGUUACUUUGGCGUAUGCUCACAGGGGGCAAUAGCUCGGUCUUCGACAGCUUGAACACUAGUACCCCCGUUGUCCGCCGUCGAAAGCAACGACCAUCGACGACCUGCGAUGAACUGCUCAUCGCCCACCGGUCGAUCAUCGAAGUCGUAUGCCACACGAAGUACGUAGUCAAAGGCGGCAGAAAGUGA